UAAGAGAAUUAAGUCCCUAUGUUAUGCAUUUUAUGUUUAUCUUCAUUUGAAACAAUGAGUCGCGGAUAUAACUUAAGGAGAAUGGAAUAAAAUAAGAGAGAUCUUCCCUACUCCCAAAUGGCUUCGGUAACUUGGUCCCAACAGGCAACGGUCACACUGAACCGAUAAGAGAGCUCGGCGGCGGCGGCGCCGCGUCAUGGAUUUGUUUAUACGCAAGGAACUGCUCCUAGCCAGCGGCACCCAGCUGGAGGACGUGGUGCCGCACUGUCUCAAGCUGCUGGCCUGGUUGCGCGCAUGCCAAGAGGAGAUGCUGUCGCAGCACCGGCGCCUGCGUCUUAGCCAGUCGCUGGUCGAGUCUAUGGUGAAGGCCACCCUGUACCUGUUCGAGUGCCACGAUCGUUUCGGGGAGGCGCUGGCGGAACGCUGCGACUCGCAUGGGUUCCUUGGUGACAAGCGGCAAGAGUGCAUCCGGGAACUGUGCGCCGGUAUAGUGAACACUCGACGUGGAGAGGAGCAUGCGCCGCUGCUACAUCUGAUGCACAAGGCCCUGGCGGAGAUUCAGCCGGCCUGGAGUGUAAUUCGGGACCUGGACUGGACGCAGAUGCGGCAUUCGGAGGCGCUGACCAGCGAGGAUAUGAUCAGUGUCGAUCUGCAGCAGAUGCGACGCUUGGUGAAGCGUAUCGGCCGAUUGGCCAGCUUGCAGGACAUGGAGACAGCGCUACAGCGCUCCCUCCAGCUGGUGGGCUUCCAGGUGUGGCUGCAUCUCUUCCGGGAGCCCCGAGAGAGUGGCAUACACCUCGACUGCCACCUGCUGCGCCACAUGAUCUGCGAUACGCUUACGGAGGGCACCUCCUCCGCCUGUGCCAGCUUCCUGCACAAUAUCUUCACAUUUGUCGCCCUGCCCGCCAACGAGAUGAGAUUCUGGGCCUGCCUGGAGCAUGGCCGCUUGGCCAGCAGCCUGAUCGCCUACUUGAUCGGCUAUUGGAGCCGACAGCUGCCCUACUUGGAUCUGGAGGAGAUGCAGCUAACACCCGAGGCGCCCGUUCUUCAGACUGCCCAAUUGCCAGUCAACGAGGCCACCUAUGUCACCCAUCUGAUGCUGGCUCCGUGCUCCCCCUGCCGCCAGCAGUUUCGCCAGCAGCUGCGCCCACUUCUGCCCACCGCUGCCGGUGGUCAGCUGCUGCAGCUGCUCAAUAAAGUCGCCUAUGUGUAUAGUUAA